UUUCACUGUGAGUGUGAGCCAAACCCGUAGCUGACACUGAAUAGAUACGAAUCUCUGAGCUCUGACCGAUACUCAAUUCAAUGGCUUCUUGACCAGAAGUCUAGUGUUAUUUUAGAGACAUUUUUGGGGACUGGGGAGUACUGGCCGUAGAAGCUAUUGGAUCAUAUGAAGUGCUUACUUGGUUGUAUUAGUUCGAUAGCCAUCGAGUCAGAUGUACAGUUAUUUCAUGAUUUUGUGCCGAAGGACCGUUACAGUGAAAACACAGAGGUGUCUACAGCAAGACGAGAAUCUUUGAGUGGAAGUUUUUUUUCAGCGUUACAUUGCGCUUUCAAGCUUGGUAAUUGCUGUUAUGGAGACUGUCGAGCUUAAAUUCCGAAUUUACGAUGGGACAGAUCUGGGCCAUAGUACAUAUGCAUCAUCAAUGACGGUUGCGACUCUUAAGCAAAAGCUUGUUGCUGAGUGGCCUCAAGACAAAAUAAUCACACCCACGUCGGUAAAUGAUGUAAAAAUCAUACACGCUGGUAAAGUUUUGGAGGAUGACAAUACACUUGCUGAUUCCCUUAUAAGCAUUGGUGACCUUCCUGGUGGGGUUAUUACCAUGCAUGUGGUACUACAGCCUCCCAAAGCUAUUGAUGCGAUAGCAGAAGAAGAUGGGGAGCUUAUGGGAGCAAUGAACUCAUGCAGAUGUACCAUUCUUUAAUUUGGGAAGCAUACUCUGGCUCCUGUUGCUGAUAGGAUCGCCAUUUUUACAUUUGCUUUCCCUCAUGAUGAAGUAUAAUGUAACAUUCUUACCUGCCCUUAUGUUUAAUUCAUUUCUUUCUUGUAAUUUCUCUUCUAAGGGAAAUGUUCUACUGCCUAUGCCUGCCCUUUUUGGCUUGGUAAAAAGUUGUGUAGAGAGAGAGAUAUAGAAACAUCGAUUACUGUUGGCAACCGUAUAGACCAAUAUAUCUUCUUCUUCUUCUUCUUC